GUGGGACCUCCCCAAAGGUCACUUCUGGAGGCUCCUGGGACCACAGCCCAGACACAGGGUGGCCGGAGGGAAGUGAGAGGAGAACUCAGCCUGGGUCUGGCUGGGCGAGACCCUCUGUCACCUACUCCCCUGGACCACUGACGGCCAUGGCCGUGGCCCAGCAGCUGCGGGCUGAGAGCGACUUUGAACAGCUUCCCGAUGACGUUGCCAUCUCAGCCAACGUUGCCGACAUUGAGGAGAAGAGGGGCUUCACCAGCCACUUUGUUUUCGUCAUCGAAGUGAAGACGAAAGGGGGCUCCAAGUACCUCAUCUACCGCCGCUACCGCCAGUUCUACGCCUUGCACAGCAAGCUGGAGGAGCGAUACGGGCCAGACAGCAAGAGCAGCCCCUUUACCUGCAGUCUUCCCGCCCUCCCAGCCAAAGUUUACAUGGGUGUGAAACAGGAGAUCGCCGAGACGCGGAUACCUGCCCUCAACGCCUACAUGAAGAGCCUCCUCAGCCUGCCCAUCUGGGUGCUGAUGGACGAAGAUGUCCGGAUCUUCUUCUAUCAGUCGCCCUAUGACUCAGAGCAGGUGCCCCAGGCGCUCCGCCGGCUCCGCCCGCGCACCCGGAAAGUCAAGACUGAGUCCUCCCAAGGUGCUGGCUUAGACCGCAUGGCAGCUCCACGAGCAGAGGCCCUGUUUGACUUCACUGGGAACAGCAAACUGGAGCUGAGUUUCAAAGCUGGAGAUGUGAUCUUCCUUCUCAGUCGGAUCAACAAGGACUGGCUAGAGGGCACUGUUCGGGGAGCCACAGGCAUCUUUCCACUGUCCUUCGUAAAGAUCCUCAAGGACUUCCCCGAGGAAGACGACCCCACCAACUGGCUGCGCUGCUAUUACUAUGAGGACACCAUCAGCACCAUCAAGGACAUCGCGGUGGAGGAAGACCUCAGUAGCACUCCGCUAUUCAAGGACCUGCUGGGGCUCAUGAGGCGGGAGUUCCAGAGAGAGGACAUCGCCUUAAAUUACCGGGAUGCUGAUGGUGACCUGAUUCGGCUGCUCUCUGAUGAGGACGUGCGGCUCAUGAUGAGGCAGGCCCAAGCUCUCCCCUCUCAGAAGCACCUCUUCCCCUGGAAGCUGCACGUCACCCAGGAGGAUGACUACAGGGUCUAUAAUACAGUCCCCUGAGCCAUCGGUGUCCCUGGGGCAGUGAAGGGACAUCCGAGAAAACAUCCAUUAAGAAAAAUUGCAACCGUCUGUUCACACGAACCCAAUUGUUUGGCUUCUAACAUUGGCCUGAGCAGAUUCAUUGAGGGGCCCGGGUGCCACAAAACAACUAGACCCUAAACAGGACACACUCCCCAAAGAAUCAAAAUCCUCACAAGAAAUAGUGGGGUUCUCCAAUGACCCUCCCCCAACCCCCACCCGUUAGUUGGGGCCAGAAUCCAUUUGGCCCUAUUUUAGCGUUGUUCUGGAAUACAGAAGCAGUGCUGCUGUCAAAAUGGGGAUUCUGGACCAGGGGCUUCUAUGUUUGGUCAAGGCCCUGAAGGUGAGAGGUGAGGUGGCUCUGGGAAAGUGGCAUCCCUGGGUCCAAGCAGAAGCAGAAAAUUGUCCCCUUUGGAGUAACGUGUCCCCAGUUUAGGAUGAUGGGAGUCACUCAGACUAAGAUGAAGCAGAAGGCUCAUUGUCAAAGAUGACCAAAUCUCUGUGAGGGAGAAUAGGCAGUGACAACAAACAAUAGCUUUAGAGCCCCAGGGACUGUGGAUUUUUGAACUAUAUGACUUAAAAGUUUAAAGAAAUAAAGAAAAAAAUCAUAACAACGAA